AGACAGGCUCAGCGCUAACAACAAGCUAGCGGUCUGUGAGCCUCACAUGUAACGGACUCUACGCUGGCAUGUACAUUCUUCGGAUAAGCUAGUUUCCAAUGAACGAAGCCUUACGGACACAACGCGUAUUCUAAUCUCCUCUGUGCAGUCUCACCAUGGCGAGUAAUAAGCAGGAGGUCAGUGACAAAGUCAAGGUGGUGGUGAGAUGUCGUCCCUUCAACCAGAAAGAGAAGAUGAUGUGCCACAAACAGGUCGUCAUGGUGGAUGAGAUCCGUGGGACCAUAACUGUCAACAAGCUGGAGAAUCCUCAUGAGCCCCCCAAGACCUUCACCUUUGACACUGUGUUUGGACCAGACAGCAAACAGCUGGAUGUCUACAAUCUCACAGCCCGCCCCAUCAUCAACUCAGUGUUAGAGGGUUACAACGGCACCAUUUUUGCAUAUGGGCAAACUGGCACCGGAAAAACCUUCACCAUGGAGGGAGUGAGAGCAGUGCCAGAGCUAAGGGGGAUUAUCCCAAACUCCUUUGCCCAUGUUUUUGGUCACAUUGCCAAGGCAGAGGGGGAUACCAGGUUUUUGGUCCGUGUUUCAUAUCUGGAGAUUUACAAUGAGGAAGUGAGGGACUUGCUGGGCAAGGAUCAGAUGCAGAGGCUCGAGGUUAAAGAAAGGCCAGAUGUUGGCGUGUAUAUCAAAGACCUAUCUGGUUAUGUUGUAAACAAUGCUGACGACAUGGACAGGAUCAUGACAAUGGGACACAAGAACCGUUCUGUCGGUGCCACAAACAUGAAUGAACACAGCUCCCGUUCUCAUGCUAUCUUCACCAUCACCAUUGAGUGCAGUGAGAAGGGCGUUGAUGGAAACCAGCAUGUGCGCAUGGGAAAACUUCAUCUGGUUGACCUUGCAGGUUCAGAGAGACAGGGCAAGACUGGAGCCACUGGUCAGCGUUUAAAGGAAGCAACAAAGAUCAAUCUAUCCCUCUCCACACUGGGUAACGUCAUCUCUGCCCUGGUGGAUGGCAAGAGCACACACGUUCCCUACAGGAACUCCAAACUGACCCGUUUACUGCAGGAUUCGCUCGGAGGAAACUCAAAGACCAUGAUGUGUGCAAAUAUAGGCCCUGCAGACUAUAACUACGAUGAGACCAUCAGUACCCUGCGCUAUGCCAAUAGGGCUAAAAACAUCAAGAACAAAGCUAGGAUCAAUGAAGAUCCCAAGGAUGCCCUGCUACGCCAGUUUCAGAAGGAGAUUGAGGAGCUGAAGAAGAAACUAGAGGAAGGUGAAGAGAUCUCUGGUUCUGAGGGGAGUGGAUCAGAUGAGAUGGACGAAGGUGAUGAUGAAGGAGGAGAGGCAGGAGUGGGAUGCAGGAGAAGACGAGGCAGGAAGAAGGUUUCUCCGGACAAGAUGGUGGAGAUGCAGGCAAAGAUCGAUGAGGAAAGAAAAGCUCUUGAGGCCAAGCUGGACAUGGAGGAGGAGGAGAGAAACAAGGCAAGAGCAGAGCUGGAGAAGAGGGAGAAGGACCUGCUUAAAGCCCAGCAGGAGCAUCACCUUCUGCUGGAGAAACUGUCAGCUUUAGAAAAGAAAGUGAUUGUGGGUGGGGUGGACCUCUUGGCCAAGGCCGAAGAGCAAGAAAAGCUCUUGCAGGAGUCCAACAAUGAACUUGAAGAACGUCGCAGGAGGGCGGAGCAGCUGCGGAGGGAGCUGGAAGAGAAAGAACAAGAACGCCUCGACAUAGAAGAGAAAUACACAAGUCUACAGGAGGAGGCUCAAGGAAAGACCAAGAAACUGAAGAAAGUAUGGACCAUGCUGAUGGCUGCUAAAUCCGAAAUGGCAGAUCUACAACAAGAAAAUCACAGAGAGAUCGAAGGCCUCCUGGAGAACAUCCGCCAGCUUAGCAGAGAGCUGAGGCUCGAGAUGCUCAUUAUAGACAACUUUAUUCCCCAGGAAUACCAGGAGAUGAUAGAGAAUUACGUGCACUGGAAUGAAGACAUUGGAGAGUGGCAGCUGAAAUGUGUGGCAUUCACUGGCAACAAUAUGAGAAAACAGACUCCUGCUCCAGACAAAAAAGAAAAAGAUCCCUUUGAGGUGGAUCUGUCCCAUGUGUAUUUGGCUUACACAGAGGAGAGCAUGCGGCAGUCACUGAUGAAACUAGAGAGGCCCAGAACCUCCAAAAGUAGCAAGAGUGGUCGACCCAAGACAGGACGAAAGAAAAGAUCUGCAAAGCCAGACGCUCUGCUCGAAUCCCUUCUGCAGUAAAGACGCAGAGGCAGGUCACACAUCUCUGCAACUUUCAUCUUACUCUAUCAAGAUGUCAUUAGUCUAAAGAAGUUGAACAUAAUUUUAAAAGAUUAUCUGAAUGCACUGCAUAGCUGUGAAGAUUUAAGUUGUUGUUGUUAGUCGUUGGAUUUGUUGUUGGAGGUGCAAUAACUGUAGAGUUAAGGACUAGUUAUUUAUAUUAUAAUGUAAGACUUCUUUGAGGAUACCCCACAUUUCAGUUCUCUGUUUGAAAUGAAGCUCAUUUAUCUAAGCACCACUAUCUUCAAGGGGGAAAAUCCUCUGUAAACAUAUUUCACUCAAUAGUUCAAUGUUGUUUAAAAGUGACCAACAAUCUGAAAGCAGCUACAGAUUUCUCCGAAUGCUGGAAAUAUAUAUCGUGCACAUAGCUAAUGCAUUCAUAACCUUGACAAUGUGUACUCGGCAGCGCUGUGUGAUGAACACACCAGAUUAAGUCUUAACCUCUGUUAUACUGAUUUCCUGUUUUGUGACAAACUGAUCAAUAACACAUUGCCUAUAACUGAAUUCAUAGAGGGUUGCAUUUGCGCCUAAACUAAAGCAAAUGAUUCUUCUCUGAGCACAGGCUGUAGCUUUAGUCCAUUAACAUGGAGAGAAACAUAGGGAACACUAAUGUGUGGGAUCAACAAGAGCAGAGUACAAUUUCACAUAGUUCACUGAAAGAUGUGCUUUAUACUGUAAGAAGCAUAAGGGAGUGCUUGGCCGCCUGCUCUCGUGCCAUUUCCCAAUCGAAGCUAGUCACAAUUUUAAUUUUCUAAUGUCACCCUGCUCUGUGUUCUAUUGAGUUAAACCAUGAAUGCUGUAUGCCUUAGUAUACUACUUUAAUGUUAUGUUCUAUACUGGACGCAAACUGACUUUUAUUUUGUACCAUAAGUUAUGCCAGAUGUUUACACCCACCAAACCCCUUGAUAUUUUAUUGAUUAAAUUAUUUUACAUGUUGGAUCUCA